AUGGACGCGCCCUUCUUCCACGAGCUCCGGCGGCAGGCCUCCUCCUACCUCACCGGCAAGAUCCGCUCCGCGCGGCUCGCGCUCACCGACGUCACCCCGACGCAGCUGAUGACGGAGGAGGCGACGAACGGGGACGCGUCGCCGCCGAACGCCAAGACGAUGAGCCUCAUCGCGCGGGAGGCGUUCGAGAUCGACGAGUACCUCAGGAUCUCCGACAUCCUCCACACCAGGCUGGCGACGUUCGACCGGAGGCAGUGGCGGGAGCCGUACAAGGCGCUGCUGCUGCUGGAGCACCUCCUGACGCACGGCCCCCGCAGCGUGGCCCUGGAGUUCCAGAAGGACCGGGGCGUCAUCCAGCAGAUGGCCGCCUUCCAGCACAUCGACGAGCGAGGUUUCAACUGGGGCCUGACGGUGAAGGGCAAGUCGGAGCGGGUGCUGAAGCUGCUGGAGCGGGGCCCGUUCCUGGAGGAGGAGCGGGAGCGGGCGCGCAAGGUGGCGCGCGAGAUCAAGGGCUUCGGCAGCUUCAACCUCAGCAGCACCGGCGGCGGCUCGCGCGCGGCGCCGCAGGUGUACGGGCGCAGCCACUCCCGGUACGAGGACCGGCCGUGGAAGGAGGGGGACGGCGAAGGCGAGGACAAGGAGAACCUGGUGUCCCGGCCAGACCCGAGGAGCAUGUGCGAGGAGGCGGUGGAGGAGCUGCACCACCGCCACCCGUUCCACGGCUUCGGGCAGCGGCGGCAGCCGGAGGCGAUGCUGCUGCUCAGCCAGUGA